AUGAACAAGACAGACCUUGCCGCCAAGUUGGUCGAGCUCAAAACUGAGUACGCCAAUCUCCGCACUGCAAAAGUGACUGGCGGACAACCAGCCAAACUCUCGAAGUUAAGAGUCGUCAGAAGAAACAUUGCGAGACUCCUCACUUUCAUGAACACUCAAAGAAAGAACCAACUCAGAGUCUAUUACAAACAAUCUAAGUACAUCCCAAAGGAAUUGAGACCAAGAACUACUAAAAAGCAAAGACUCGCUUUGACUCCAGAACAAAAGAACGCUAAGACUAAGAAACAGGCACAAAAGGCAGCUAUGUUCCCUAUGAGAAGAUUCUUUAUCAGAGCCUAA